CAAACAGCAGCAGGUGGAAGCUGCAGGAGAACCAUGGGGAACACGGACAGUAAACUCCUCUUCAGGAAGGCGGUGAUUCAGCUCACGACCAAAACACAGCCGGUUGAAGCCACAGACGACGCCUUCUGGGAUCAGUUCUGGGCCGACACCUCCACCACCGUGCAGGAUGUCUUCGCUCUGGUGCCGGCGGCCGAGAUCCGAGCCGUCAGAGAGGAGUCUCCGUCCAACCUGGCCACGCUCUGCUAUAAGGCCGUGGAGAGGUUGGUCCAGGGUGCGGAAUCGGGCUGCCCGUCGGAGAGGGAGCGCCACAUCGUCCUGAACUGCUCCCGCCUGCUCACACGCAUCCUGCCCUACAUCUUCGAGGACGCCGACUGGAGGGGCUUCUUCUGGUCCACGGUGCCCGGAGCCGGCAGAGCUGGGCGUUUGGACGACGAAGGCGAAGAUGACGAUGAAGCUCGGCCACUGGCUGAGUCGCUGCUGAUGGCCAUCGCCAACCUUCUCUUCUGCCCGGACUUCACCGUCCAGAGCCACAAGAAGAGCGCGGACCAAGUGGAGGACGUCCGCUCCAUCGACAGCUGUGAGUACAUCUGGGAGGCCGGAGUCGGCUUCGCUCAGUCUCCUCCUCUGAACUACGUCCACGACCUCAACAGGACGGAGCUGCUGAAGCUGCUCCUCACCUGUUUCUCUGAGGCCAUGUACCUGUCUCCGUCCUCUGAGAGUAGAACCCUCAACCCCUGGGUCACGUUUUUCUGCUCCGUGGAAAACAGACACGCCCUCCCUCUGUUCACCUCCCUGCUCAACGUGGUGUGCGCCUACGACCCCGUGGGCUACGGCAUCCCGUACAACCACCUGCUCUUCUCCGACUACCGGGAGCAGCUGGUGGAGCAGGCCGUCCAGAUCCUCAUCGUGACCCUGGAGCACGAGGCCGGGUCGUCCACCGGCUCCGCCCUGCUGGCCCUGGACGCCAGCGCACCCCCCACAGCUGAGGAGGAGCAGGAGCCAGCGGGACCUGAUAACCUCUUUGUGAACUAUCUGUCCAGGAUCCACAGAGAAGAGGACCUGGGCUUCAUCCUGAAGGGGCUGGCUCGACUGCUCAGUAACCCUCUGGUCCAGACCUACCUGCCUCGCUCCACCAAGAAGAUCCAGUUCCACCAGGAGCUGCUGAUCCUCUUCUGGAAGUUCUGCGACUUCAACAAGAAAUUCCUGUUCUUCGUGCUGAAGAGCAGUGAUGUGUUGGACAUGCUGGUUCCCAUCCUGUUCUACCUGAACGAUGCCAGAGCAGAUCAGUCUCGAGUCGGCCUCAUGCACAUCGGCGUGUUCAUCCUCCUGCUGCUGAGUGGAGAGAGGAACUUUGGAGUUCGUCUGAACAAGCCGUACACGCUCCCGGUUCCCAUGGACAUUCCUGUGUUUUCAGGAAACCACGCCGACCUGGUCAUUGUGGUCUUUCACAAAAUCGUCACCAGUGGUCACCAGCGCCUGCAGCCUCUGUUCGACUGUCUGCUCACCAUCAUAGUGAACAUUUCUCCUUAUCUGAAGAGUCUGUCCAUGGUGGCGGCCAACAAGCUGCUCCACCUCCUGGAGGCCUUCUCCACACCCUGGUUCCUCUUCUCCUCCACCCAGAACCACCACCUGGUCUUCUUCCUGCUGGAGGUCUUCAACAACAUCAUCCAGUAUCAGUUUGAUGGGAACUGUAACCUGGUGUACGCCAUCAUCCGUAAGAGGAACGUCUUCCACCAUCUGGCCAACCUGCCGUCAGACGAGGCGUCCAUCCAGAAGGCCCUGCAGAAGAAGAAGAGGUCGCCCAGAGUCUCCAGGGCCAACUCGGCAGUGAGCGAGUCCAUGGAGGGCUCCACGCCGGCGGUACCUGCCGAGCCCGGCACGCUCAAAAUCUGCCUAGAGGCCACUCCGGGAAUUGAUAAGAUAACAGAGAAGUCUCUGGUGACAGAAAACGGCAGCGUGGUCGCUCUCCCACAUCCGGACCCCCCCCAGGCGGCUGCAGAUAACAGAGCGGUGGGCGGAGCCAGCGACACAGAGUCCAACUCGGAGAGAGACCACGAGAUCCUCACAGAGUCCGAGUCCACGAGGAGCCGCCUGUCAACAGAGAGCGGCGUCGCUAAUCCAGACUGGGUGCUGUCGUGGAAGGCGAAGCUUCCUCUGCAGACCAUCAUGCGGCUGCUGCAGGUGCUGGUUCCUCAGGUGGAGAAGAUUUGCAUCGACAAGGGUUUGACCGACGAGUCAGAGAUCCUGAAGUUCCUCCAGCACGGGACGCUGGUCGGCCUCCUGCCCAUCCCUCAUCCCAUCCUCAUCAGGAAGUACCAGGCCAACGCCGGCACGGCCAUGUGGUUCCGCACGUACACCUGGGGAGUCAUUUACCUACGGAACUUGGAUCCUCCCAUCUGGUACGACACGGACAUCCGGCUGUUUGAUAUCCAGAGGAUUUAGAGGAGCCGCUGGACGCCCUCACACCUCGGGUCGCUGAGCGUCUCACAUCUUUACGGAUGUUUUUAAAGACAACGAGCAGCUUGAAUCUUCAUCUUUGAAAGGAAGAAUCUAACGAACGAGUCUGUAUCGUGAGCAGAUGCAGAAGAAACGUCACAUAAGUGAUUUAUUGAGAAUUCAAUUCUUCAUUUUGCCAAAUAGAUAAAUUCUGUGUCCGGAGGUGCCAUGAGGAGUUGUUGCACGAAGAUUUGUGUUUUUGUACAGAACUGUUUUCUGUUCAAUAUCCUCACGUGUGUAACUGAGGCUGAAGGAAACUGAAGGACUGAAACUUUUCUCUCUGAGCUGAGAGGAAACAGAACAUCGAAGGAAACAGAAGAUGUGUUUUCUUUUACUGAAACAGUAAGAAACCCACUUUGACAAGUGAAUGUGACGUGUUUUAUUCUGUCAGAAUAAAAACACACAUCUGUUUAAUCUCAAAGGAAAUGAUUUAAUUAACAAGUAUGUUAUAAGUCAACAGAUUCUUGAACCUGUCUGCAGAGAUACCAUGUUUGUAAUGUACGUCUGUACAAUGAAACAUUUCAGAGGACGAUAUGUGCAUUUAUCUAACGGCUGGUUUUACUUUACAGAGAAGAUAUUAUAAUAUGUCCCUUUAUCAUAUUUAACUUUUGAAAUGUAUAUAUUUGGACCCAAAGCAGAAAAACAAUUAACAUUUCGCCAAAUACUUAACAAAGUUUUGACAUUUUCAACUUUUCUUUGACUCUUGAUGUUUGACUGUUGAGCUGCAGGACUUUCUAACGAAGGAUUUGUACUUUGUUGUAUUGAUGCUUUUAAUGAAGUAAAA